AUGACGAAGAGUAACUGCUUCAACCCUAUCUGUCCCCUCUGCUCACCGUCCCCCAGGUACGACUUCAUCGAGAUCCGCGAUGGCAAUUCGGACUCCGCUGACCUGGUCGGGAGACACUGCAGCAACAUCGCCCCGCCCGCCAUCAUCUCCUCAGGCUCCGCCCUCCACAUCAAGUUUGUGUCUGACUACGCCCACCAGGGAGCGGGCUUCUCGCUGCGCUACGAGAUCUUCAAGACAGGAUCGGAGUUCUGUUUCCGGAAUUUCACCAGUCCUUCCGGGGUGAUCGAGUCUCCGGGCUUCCCGGACAAGUACCCCCACAACCUGGAGUGUUCCUACAUCAUCAUGGCCCCGCCCCACAUGGACAUCACCCUGACCUUUCUGACCUUUGACCUGGAGAACGACCCCCUGCUGGUGGGAGUGGGAGAGGGCGACUGCAAGUACGACUGGCUGGACGUGUGGGAUGGACUUCCCCAAGUGGGCCCUCUGAUUGGUCGGUACUGUGGCACCAAGAUCCCUCCUGAGAUCCAAUCAUCGUCCGGUCUCCUGGCCUUGUCGUUCCGCACUGACAUGGCUGUGGCCAAGGAUGGCUUCUCUGCUCGCUACAACAUGACACACAAGGAAGUCACCGACACGUUCCACUGCAGCACAGCGUUUGGUCUGGAGUCUGGGAAGAUCUCGGACGAGCAGAUCUCGGCCUCCUCCUCCUUCUACGACGGCCGCUGGUCUCCUCGCCAGGCUCGCCUCAACAACAUGGACAACGCCUGGACCCCCAGCGAAGACAGCAACAAGGAGUUCAUCCAGGUGGACCUUCACUUCCUCAAGGUCCUGACGGGCAUCGCCACCCAAGGCGCCGUUUCCAAGGAGACCACAAAGUCGUACUACGUCACCACGUUCAAGCUGGAGGUCAGCACCAACGGCGAGGACUGGAUGACCUACCGCCACGGGAAGAACCCCAAGGUGUUCCAUGCUAACACAGACCCAUCGGAGGUGGUUCUGAACCGCGUGCCCCAGCCUGUCCUCGCCCGCUUCGUCCGUGUCCGGCCCCAGACCUGGAGGAACGGCAUCGCCCUGCGCUUCGAGCUCUACGGCUGCCAGAUCACAGAUGCUCCAUGUUCAGAGAUGCAGGGCCUCCUCUCCGGCCUGCUCCCAGACGCCCAGAUCUCGGCCUCGUCUGUCCGGGACAUGAUGUGGUCUCCCGGGGCAGCCCGUCUGGUGGCCAGCCGCUCCGGCUGGUUCCCCGCCCCCGAGCAGCCCCUGGCCGGGGAGGAGUGGCUCCAGGUGGACCUGGGGGUCCCCAGGACGGUGCGGGGCGUGAUCACCCAGGGGGCGCGGGGUGGAGAGACGGGGGCGGGCAGCACCGACAACCGGGCCUUCGUUCGGAAGUACCGCGUGGCUCACAGCCUGGACGGGAAGGAUUGGGGCUUCAUCAUGGACAGCAAGACCAGUCUGCCUAAGGUGUUUGAGGGGAACACCCACUAUGACACUCCGGAGCUGCGGCGCUUUGAGGAGACCGUGGCCCAGCUGGUCAGGUUCUACCCCGAGAGGUGGUCUCCUGCUGGCAUCGGGAUGAGGGUAGAAGUCCUCGGCUGUGACCUGCCAGAAACCAGCACUCUGGCUGACACGGCCACGCCCACGGUGUCUGUCCACAUGAACGCCAGCACGGCCACAGUAGCCAGCUCCUCGCCUUCGAUGGGAGGGCUCUGUGACUUUGACAAGGGUCUGUGUGGAUGGACCCAUGACCCCAGCGCCCCUCUGCACUGGUCUCUCCACGUCAGCUCCAGAACCCCAGCACAGGGCAGCAGCCUGGACCUCACUCUCCCCACCAUGGACCCGAGCAGCUACCUGUACAUCGAGGCCAGCCCUAAGACGGAGCAGCAGCGAGCCAGGAUCCUGAGCCCCACGGUGGGGGCCGACACCGGGCCCCUCUGCCUGCUCUUCUCCUACCAGCUGUGGGGGGAGGCCCAGGGCAACUUGAGGGUGCUGCUCCGCGAUGCCCACCAAGAGGAGACCCUCCUGUGGACCCUGAGGGGCGACCAGGGCCCCGUGUGGAAGGAGGGCCGCACCAUCCUGCCUCGCUCCCCCAAAGAGUUCCAGGUGGUGAUGGAGGGGUACUUUGACCGCGGCACCACAGGUCACAUCUGGAUAGACAACAUCCACAUGGGUUCUGAAACGCGGCUGGAGGAGUGCACACAGCCCUUCAGUGCCUUCCCUCCUGAUAUGACAGAUCAGAGACCAGUGGACUUUGGAGUGCACCGUCUUUUCAACAACCGGGGUCAACUUGACGGAGGUACGACCCAAUCACACACUCCUUGGCUUCCCAGACAGCCUCUUGUCAUCCCUUCAUUCACUAACAUUGAGUCGUGGAGCACCGUCUCGCCCUCGUCAGACCCUCCGGUGACCCGCACAUCGGAGAAGGACAACUCAUGGCUGUACACGCUGGACCCCAUCCUGGUCACCAUCAUCGUCAUGAGCUCGCUGGGCGUGCUACUGGGCGCAGUGUGCGCCGGCCUGCUGCUCUACUGCACGUGCUCCUACAGCGGCCUGUCGUCACGCAGCUCAACCACGCUGGAGAACUACAACUUUGAGCUGUACGACGGCCUCAAGCACAAGGUCAAGAUCAACCAGCAGCGGUGCUGUACCGAGGCCUGAGGAGAACGAGGGGGAGGAGGAGGAAGAAGAAGAGGUGGAAGAAGAGGAAGAAAGAGAGAGAGAGAGAGAGAGAGAGAGAGAGAGAGAGAGAGAGAGAGAGAGAGAGAGAGAGGCAGCCAUUUUACCAUCCUCACUAUCGUCUCUAUUCUCUUUGCUUCGUUUGGCCCCUAGCAACCCUUUUGAACCCUGAGGGAAAGAACAUACCAUCCUGAUAGGGGUAAGCAUGGAGGAAAACACAUUGUCAGCCCCAUCAUGAGAACCCCCAUCCCCCCUAUUUUUCUCAAAGUUGUGCUGGCCAGGGUUGGGUUUAGUGGACUAGUGCCAAUGAUCGAGGGACUGGUCUCUGUUGUGGACCUUUCCAUUGCCAGGGGUGCUAGGCCCCUAAAAGAAAUAUUAACACAUAUCUGUUCCAAAUACCUAAUACUCCACGAGAGA